GAGAGAGAGAGAGAGAGAGAGAGAGAUUGUGUGUCCUGGCUAGUCUCAUGAGAACGAGCAGGGAAGGUCCACAGCGUGGUUUACGUGCAAGACUCAGACAGACGGACAGAGGUGUGAGUUCACUUGUUGGUGCCACUUUUAAGUUUGCUUGUCUUUGCAGAUACUUUUGAUGCUGGGCACAAAACUUUCACAUCUGUCACACAAGGACCAUAACAGAUCACAUGCAGUCUCAGCAAUGUGCGGAGGUGGUCGGCGAACCAAAUGGCUGCCGGGUUAUCUUCUCCGGGGAGCCUGGAGGAUCCUCAGGCCAGCAGAUCCUAACUUCUCCAGAGCUGACCCAUGAGGUGAUCAUCUCCCCUGGACUACCCACGCCUCCUCUGAGCCCGUUUCGCUCAGCAGGGUUGCCAUUUGGAGAGUUUAAGGGCUCAGAAGUGAAUGGAAAUGGACCAACAAGUCUCAGCUUUGGAUCUUACUACGGCCCCUCACAAAUUCAAGGUGGACCAAUGUCCAAUGGCGGCACUGCCACGCUACCACGCAGCUGGACUCCCACCAGGGAGGAGAGGCUUAUCAAGUUCUCAGGAAUCGGUCCAGUGGAUGAAACUGGGAUGCCCAUUGCCUCCAGAUCAAGUGUGAACAAGCCCAGGGACUGGUACAAGAGCAUGUUCAGACAGAUUCACAAGAAGCCAGAGGAACCUGAGCUGGAGGAUUCAGAGUGGUCAGCCGAACGGCUCCAGUUCUCUGCCAACAACACAGAAGAAAGUAAUGAAGCAGACAAGAAUCUCUUCAGACUAACACCUUAUGGAGCUCUACCAGACUGGAGCGAGGAUGUAGAUAAGCUGUCAGACCCGGGAAAGCAGAACGCUCAACCGAGGAGUAUAUUCGACUUCGAGCCUGGAAAGAACAGCACCUCAGAAAGCCAACGCCAGGUUCACGUAUCCCCGAAGAAACAACCUGAGACACCAAAUCCCCCUUCGAUUGAGGCCAGCCUGGUCUCUGAGCUGAGUCGGUUUGAGGCUGAGCUGGACUCGGAGAUACAGGGCCUGGAGAGGAGACUUUCCCAGAAGAAGCAGCGUCGAGGCCGGGGUGAGGAGGCCAGAGGCAGGGAGCCGGUAACUGAUUCAAAGACUGCAAACAGCAACGAUUCAUCAGCAGCAAAGCAGCCUGUCCAUCGCUCUGUUGGGACAUCACUGACCCCUGCUCCCACAUAUGUAGAAAGUGUUUCCCCUGCAAAUGAAACCAUGGAGCUUCCAUCUAAGAAAGAGGAGAAAAAGAUGAAAGCAGCACGAGCCAAGUUCAAUUUCCAGGCUCAUUCACCCAAGGAGCUCAUGCUGCAGAAAGGAGACAUUGUUUACAUCCACAGGCAGGUAGAUGCCAACUGGUUUGAAGGAGAACAUCACGGAAGAGCUGGCAUUUUCCCCACAUCUUAUGUGGAGAUUCUGCUUCCUACUGAGAAGCCGACACCUAUAAAGUCUCCCACUCUACAGGUGUUGGACUACGGGGAAGCUGUGGCUCUGUUUAACUUCAACGCUGACCUACCUGUCGAACUUUCUUUCCGGAAAGGUGAGAUGAUCAAUGUAACCAGGCGUGUUGACGAAAAGUGGUUAGAAGGGAGGAUCUCAGGGACAAGCCGGAGCGGCAUCUUCCCGGCCAGUUAUGUCCAGGUCAACAAGAUGCCCCGCACCAGAUUCUCCUCUGAUGACUUCUCACAGGGUCCCCUGUCUCCCGCUUCCCCUGGACCCCAAAGUCCAGGGCGUCCACUCCACUCACCCUGCCCGCGGUCACCGUUAUCCCCUUUCACUCCCACUUCCCUCAGCCCCAAACCUGAGAACUCCGCACUGAGACAGUCUUCACCUGUAUCUUUUGGCAUUCCAGCUUCACAGUCACGCUCCCCCACUCAGACACCCGUAUCCAAAGAAACUUCCAAUCGGUGGCCCUCCAAAACUGCUUCACCCAACAACCUGAACAACCACUGGGCUGGGACACACUCAGCUAACCAGAGCUCCGUGGCUAGAGCUGUUUCACCUUCCACACAGUCAUCAGCGUCUGUACACAGAGCAGGAGCUUCCCCAGCCAACACUCCCAGAUACACUGACCCCUCACAGGGUGCAAUACCAAACCAGGCUGCUCGGUCUAAUCCACAGGUUAACUCCCGGCCGCAAACACAAGUGCCAAACAACCCUGAUUCAACAGCGGUGCAACGCCACCCAUAUAAAGCUGUUUACAACUACAAACCACAGAAUUCAGAUGAGUUGGAGCUCAGAGAAGGAGACGUUGUACAAGUGAUGGAGAAAUGUGAUGAUGGCUGGUUUGUAGGUACGUCAGAACGGACUCGUGCUUUUGGGACUUUUCCUGGGAAUUACGUGGCACCUUUUUGACCUCCGCACUUCCUGCUUACCCACAUCCACCUGGACUUAUAAGAGCCCGACCAAUCACUCACUCAAGCUCACAUCAACAGAUCACCCCAGCUUUUCUUCAUCCCCUUACACCCACCACACUCCUAAUCUUAGUCAGACCUGCAUGUUCAUACUGUUUCCCAGAAGUGCGGUGAAGGCAGGGACAAUGAGUGGUUUCUCACCUCACCUCCCCGCAUGAGUGCAUGUGUGUGUGUGCGUGUUUUGCUGAGACUUUGGGAGUGUUUUUUGCACACAUCACUUGAGAGGAAAGAAUGAAUGCUGAUGAUACUAUUUCAAAUGCAAAGAAUGGACUUUUUUGUUCCACAGCUGUUAGCAGCUGCAGGAAAUUUGCAUUCCUUCCUAGUGAACAGCACUGUUCCUUCCGAGGUCCUGAUACAGUGUGAUGCCGAAUUCAGUCACCACAGUGCCAUCACAAACCACUGCUGAGCAUUUAUGAAUUAGAAUGGCACAUUUUUCAGGAAUUUCAAUGGACUAAUGUUUCAUUCAAAUAUCUUCCUCAGAUUUUCUUUCAGAUCUCUGAACCCUGGGCAAGUUUGAGGAAACAACACGAACAUCUGUAGAUAUCUGCUUAAAGUAAAGCAGUUAAGUGCUCGGACAUGUCAAGAGAAGUUUACAGCCUUCAAGGCUAUGCAGCAGAUCAAAUAUAAUUAAUGUGUGUGUUGGUUUCUAAAGCAAGUUAUUACUUUGAGAAUAGUUGGGUGUUUUUUUUCCAGGCCAUAGAGUGGAAUGCCAAAUGUGAAAGUAAAGAGAGAGAUCAUGUUAUGUGCUGAACGAGAAGUAUCUUUGCUCUGAAAUUGAAUGUCAAACCUCUGUAAGUCGUACAAGAUGUCAGCCAUGUUGAAUAGCUCUAAGUUAAAUCUUGACAAUGCCUCCACAUCGAUGGUUAAAUGAUCUUUAUGUAAGUAUCUGACUGAAUAUGUGACAAAUCUAACCUUUCAUGACAUUUCUCUUUUAAAUUCCCCUCUAAACAAUCGCAGCUCACUUUAUUUCUGCUACUACUGCUUUUAUAAUGUUGUCUCUGCUUAAACCGUUAACAUUAUCACAAUGACAGUAUUUCCAAAAUCACUUAUGUUUGUACCAGUGCAACUCUUGACAAAUGUUACCUUAAACCUAAUUAGACAUCCUUUUCAUAGGGUAAUUUUUUGCAAUUUUCUAUGAUAUAUACAUGAUUUCACUGUAAAAAAUGAAUCAUAUUAAGUAUAGUCACAGGAGAUGAUUGUACAGACUGUAACCUUUUUAUUAAAUUGAAAGUAUAAUAUAUAUUUGCUUAUAAAACAAUGUAUCUGAUUUGUAUGGUACGCAUUUUCUUUUAAAGCAAUUAAACAUUAUAGAGUGAUACUGAGA